GGCUCUAACCCCUCUCCCCGUGGCGCAGUUCCCGGAGAUGCUGUUCGAGGAGGACACGGAGCUCUGCGCCGACCUGUGUCUGCGGCUCCUACGGCACUGCAGCAGCCGCGUGGCUGCCAUCCGCGCCCACGCCAGCGCCUCCCUCUACCUGCUCAUGCGCCAGAACUUCGAGAUCGGCCACAACUUUGCCCGGGUGAAGAUGCAGGUGACCAUGUCUCUGUCCUCGCUCGUCGGGACCUCGUCCAACUUCAACGAGGAGCAUCUGCGGCGCUCGCUGAAAACCAUCCUGAGCUACGCCGAGGAGGACGCCGGGCUGCGGGACAGCAGCUUCGCUGAGCAGGUGCAGGACCUCGUCUUCAACCUGCACAUGAUCCUCACCGACACGGUCAAGAUGAAGGAGCAUCAGGAGGAUCCAGAGAUGCUGAUUGACCUGAUGUACAGGAUCGCCAAGGGCUACCAGAACUCCCCGGACCUGCGGCUGACGUGGCUGCAGAACAUGGCGGCCAAGCACUCGUCGCAGGGGAACCACGCCGAGGCGGCGCAGUGCCUGGUGCACGCGGCCGCGCUGGUGGCCGAGUACCUGAGCAUGCUGGAGGACUCCCGCCACCUGCCCGUGGGCUGCGUCUCCUUCCAG